CUGGUGAGGCUGUUCUUUGCCUGCAUCUGCAUGGUCGCCGGCGGCGUCCAGUACGCCUGGGCGCUGCAGCUCUCCCUCCUCUCUCCCUACUCUCAGAGUCUUGGGAUCCCACACCACGACGUUUCCCUCGCUUGGAUCUGCGGACCUAUCGCUGGGUUUGUUGUGCCACCCAUCGUGGGUUACUACAGCGACAGGUGCACAGCGAUGAUGGGCCGGAGAAGACCCUUCAUCGUCGCGGGAUGUCUCGUCAUCUGCCUCUCCGUGAUGCCCAUCGGCUUCUCGGCGGACAUUGGGCGGCUACUCGGGGACACCAAGGAGCAUUGCACCACCAGCACGGGCCCUCGCUGGGCCGCCACAGCUGUGUAUAUCGUCGGGUUCUGGUUCCUCAAUUUCGCCAACAAUGCCGCCCAAGGUCCGGCUCGUGCGCUGAUGGCUGAUCUCUCUGCGAGAAACUAUAUGCCCAGCGUCGGGCAGGCCAUCUUCUGCGGGUGGAUGGCCAUCGGCAACAUCCUGGGCUAUAUGGCUGGUGCCGACGGUGAAUGGCACGUGUGGCUCCCUUGGCUCAAAACUACGGCGUGCUGCGAAGCCUGCGCAAAUCUCAAGGGCGCCUUCCUCACAGCUGUGAUCGUCAUUAUCAUCAGUACGUCCAUCACCAUGUAUAUUGCUGAAGAGAAGCAGCUCGACAAUGCCGACGUGGAGGCCCCCUCUGGCCGCCGUGGAUGCAUAUGCGGCUUUGGCGACUUCUUCAAGAGCUUGAAGAACCUUCCCCCAUCUAUGUUCAAAGUGCUCGCCGUCACGGCUGUAACCUGGCUGGCGUGGUUCCCCUUCAUCCAGUAUGGCACUGACUGGAUGGGCAGGGAGAUCUACCACGGCGAGCCGCAGGGGCCCAAGGUGGCCGUCUACUACGCCGGCGUCCGCGAGGGCGCCGUUGGCCUGCUGCUCUCUUCUAUAUGCCUCUUGGCUGCCGCCUUCAACACCCCCCACCUUUGCGGUAGGCUCACGUCAAGGGUCGUGUGGUCCUUAAGCAACUUCAUCCUAUUUGGCAUCAUGACGGCCAUGGUGAUCCUUGGCUUGGUCUCUACCAAGGGGUACAACGCGUCUUUUACGGCUGGCCUCACCGGCCCUGACCCCAAGCUCAGGGUCAUCGCGCUCUCCCUCUUCGCGCUCAUCGGAAUCCCACAGGCCGUGUUGUUCAGUGUACCGUGGGCUGUUGCUUCUAAGCUUGCCGACGACAGUGGCCAAGGCCUCGCCAUUGGUGUCCUCAACAUUGCCAUCGUCGUGCCACAGCUGAUCAUCGUGCUCACCGCUGGCCCAAUCGACAAAGCCUUUGGAAAGGGCAACACACCGGCAUUCGGCAUUGGUUGCGCCUUCGCCUUCAUCUGUACAGUCCUUGCGCUCAUCCUGCUUCCCAAGACAAGAGGGACGAGAGGGACGUCCAACGCCACCGCCAUGGCCUCCAGGGAGCGCUGA